GUACCUAUUUUCUAACAGAAGCCAUUUUGUGAUGAUUCAAUAGUUUCUCAUCAGUUUCAAAAAGAGAAUGCUGGUCACAGCACCAAACGAGUACAUUCUAUAGAAAAAGGUUAUUUUAAUUAAGAACAGUUGGCUUCCGGGCUUACUGAGAAAUUACAGGACCAGAAUAAAAGGAGAAUGUUAAGAAAAUCAUCACAUAGUAGUACCUUGUACUCUGAAGGUUUCAACAUUUACAGUUAACAGUUCAUACAUUUUCACACAAUAUCCUCUAAACUAAUAGGCAAACACUUAAAAAUCAUCCAAGAUUAGCUUUAAAAUCGUGUAUUCGUUUGAAUCACGUAAUUCAAGAAAAUUAUUUAAAAAAAAAUUCUAGCAGAAGGAGCUGAUCCUUAAACCCAGACAAAAAUGGAACACCCUGCGACAGCUGCGAAGUUUCAGAAACGCGGCAGGUACAACUUCUCAGUAGUAACCUUAGCCGGAGGUCACGUCCAACCUCACGAGCUAGGACAUUUAACGUCGGGGUCGAGGCGGCCCGCCGGGCCCGUCUCCGUUGCCAUGAGACCCUUCCAGGCUGUGUCAGCCACUGCCGCCUUGGCGACGCGCGUUGGCUCCGCCGGCCCGGCUCGGGGUGCCGGCUGGGAUGCCCCCCACCCCGAGCCCGCCCGGCGUCCCGGCCUCUCGGCCCCCGGGGCAGCCGCGAGGUCCGCCCCCGGCUCUCCGGCCGCUCUUUCAAAUCCGUCGUACCCACGGGCGGGGAGGGAGCCGGGUCUGCGAGUCCCCACGCGGGUCGGGAGGAGGGAAAACGGGGCCCGUGGCUCGCUCACUCCCUCGACCCCCCCAGGCCGGAGAAGGCAGCGCUCGGGCCGCGGGAGAGGGGCGGAAGGGGUGGGGGCGCGCGCGGGGGGGGAGGGGAGCGGGAGGGAGAGGGGCGCGCGCUACGAGCCUCCCCUCCGCCCCCGCCCCGGGGUCUCCCGCCCUCGGGGUUCGGCGCCGCCGAUGCCUCAGGCCAGACUCGCGCGGUGGCUGGAAGGGGCAAGGACGCCACGACCUAGCGUGACGCCAGGCAUCUCCCGGGCGACGGCUCCGCAGCAAGAUGGCGGACGAUAAAGAAAGGGAAGGCACAGAGCUAGUCGUAGCAGAAUAUCACAGAAAAAUCAAGGAGGCUUUUGAAGUGUUUGACCACGAGGCGAAUAAUACAGUGGAUGUGAGAGAGAUCGGAACAAUCAUCAGGUCACUAGGCUGCUGCCCGAGUGAAGGAGAGCUCCAUGACCUGAUUGCAGAGGUAGAGGAAGAAGAACCCACCGGAUACAUUCGAUAUGAGAAGUUUCUUCCAGUGAUGACCGAAGUACUGCUGGAAAGAAGAUACAGACCAAUUCCAGAAGAUACCCUUCUUCGAGCGUUUGAGGUGUUAGAUCCAUCUAAACGUGGAUUUCUGACUAGGGAAGAACUGAUCAAGUAUAUGACUGAAGAAGGUGAGCCUUUUUCUCAGGAAGAAAUGGAAGAAAUGCUGUCUGCUGCCAUUGACCCAGAAUCGAAUUCCAUUCAUUACAAGGACUACAUAGCCAUGAUGGUGGUGGACGAGAGCUAGGCACCCUGGAGACUCAUCGAAAGGACGGCUGUAGAGAUGGCCUGUCCUCGUUAAUUUCACAUCUUAUAAUUAAUGCCUAGUGACAACUACUUUGCAAUACUUUAGAUUGUAAAGAUGAACACAAAUUUAUUUGGUGUGUCUAGCUUUAUGGAAUGACCAAUGGCUAAUUAUUUUAAAGCUUAUUCUUAAAAACAUUUUAACAUUAUCUGUGGAUUGUUGUGGAUUGUCUACAAUAAAACCCCAGUGACCUUCAAAUCCAUUAUGCUGACAAAAUGAAGAACGACCAGAAUGACCCCAGGUUGGGCAUAGAAGGAUCUUGGGAGGGGGCAGAGUGAGCACAAAGUGAGGGCCAGUAUCAGCGUGCUGAAACAAGCAACAAACAACGAGCCUUCAGCAUCGGGAUGGGAGGGGGUUGUUGAAAGGAAUAUUAAUAGUUAACCCCUUACAAGUGACGUUUACAAAUCUCAUCUGAAAUGUUAGUAACUUAGUGUGACAAUGUAAGUGUGCUGAUUCAGUGUGUUCCAUUUGCAGAGCAGGUAACGGAGUUGAGGUCAUGGACUCUAGAGACAAGAAGACUGAAUGGAAAUUGACAACAUAAGGGAGUGGCCGCAGUCUUCUGGUCUUUCAAAUUCUUAGCUAUUCUCAUUGAAUUUAAAUUGAAAAAUAAACAACAAAAAA